CGAGCUAAGCUAGAAAGCAUGGAAAGACAAUCCGUCUGUGUUCUGUCAGAAGGUGGGCAGGAGAGUCAGAGGCCAACGCCUGCGUCUUGGUUCUCAGAAGCAGCGGAGGGGCUUAGGCUCGAGCUUGAGGAGGUUUGGAAUUGAGAGGUAGAAGCACCUAGUUCAGGGUUGGCUUGUUAAAGACGGUGAUGUCGGGACUGAAUCCGUGUCCGCGGGGGUCUCGGGCACCGUGGUUCGGAGUGGGCGGAGAAGGGUAGCUCCCUCUGCGUCCAGACUCCGCCCCUCUCCGGGGAGGCUUUCCCGGAUUGGCUGUCCUUCCCUGACGUCAUGCGGCCCCGCCCCGGCGCGCGCCCCGCCGCGUGCCCACCCCCGGGCGGCUGCUGCAGCCUACACUACCUCGACCGCAGCCUGCCGCCCGCGGAGCCGGAGCCCGACCCCGAGCGGCGACGGGCUCGACGUGGGGCUCCUGGGCUGCGGCGGCGGGCAGGCGAUGCUCCAGAGGCCUGAGCAGCCAUGGAGGCCGAGGCAGGCGGCCUGGAGGAGCUGACGGACGAGGAGAUGGCGGCACUGGGCAAGGAGGAGCUGGUGCGGCGCCUGCGGCGGGAGGAGGCGGCGCGCCUGGCGGCUCUGGUGCAGCGCGGCCGCCUCAUGCAGGAGGUGAAUCGGCAGCUGCAGGGUCACCUGGGCGAGAUCCGCGAGCUCAAGCAGCUCAACCGGCGCCUACAGGCCGAGAACCGCGAGCUGCGCGACCUUUGCUGCUUCCUAGACUCGGAGCGCCAGCGCGGGCGGCGCGCCGCACGCCAGUGGCAGCUCUUCGGGACCCAAGCAUCCCGGGCCGUGCGCGAGGACCUGGGCGGUUGUUGGCAGAAGCUGGCCGAGCUGGAGGGCCGCCAGGAGGAGCUGCUGCGGGAGAACCUGGCGCUUAAGGAGCUCUGCCUGGCGCUGGGCGAGGAGUGGGGCCCCCGCGGUGGCCCCGGCGGCGCGGGGGGCUCAGGCGCCGGGCCGACGCCCGAGCUCGCCUUGCCCCCCUGCGGACCCCGCGACCUGGGCGAUGGAAGCUCCAGUACUGGCAGCGUGGGCAGUCCCGAUCAGUUGCCCCUGGCCUGCUCCCCAGAUGACUGAAGACACGGCUUCCUUCGUGCCGACGCCCGCCCGGAGUGCUUCCCAAGCGCCGGGAUAGAGGUGGACCUCAGGACCUGGACGCCACCCUGGCUGCGCACGUGGGGCCUCUGGGAUGGACUUAGAAACCCUGGCACUGAGGAGGGCCCCUCGCUCUCGCUGGCGGGGCAGCAGGGGGACUGAAGGCUGGAGCGGAGGGACUUGCUGGGGGCUGGGUGGGGGCUAAUAAACUGGGACGGAAGCAGA